GGUAAUUUAUAAAUAAGAACGAUAGAUGAAGGUGCAGUGCUAGCUUUUUUACGGGCGAUUUUCAAAGAACGUCCGAGACUUUUUUUCCUCGUCAAUGGCCUAUUUAUUUCUUUCGCUGAAGCGUUUUUGUAGAAUUUUCACUGUCAAAUAGAAUUAUAGAUCAACUGCCUAUCGAGUUUUAUUGGUUUUUCGCGAGCAAGCGCGCUGGCAUUACAUUAUUUUGGCUGCGCAAGAAAUUUCGAUAGAGCUACAAAAUGACACUGGACAAUGGCUCUCCCUUUUACAUGGAGGGGGAGCCGGACAUGGAAGAGCGGAUGGAGGCUGGCCACAUCCAUCCCGAGCCCAAGGAAAUGAUUUCCCUUCUCGGCAAAGACAACUGUUGGCAGUGGCUGAUCGGUAAUGGAGAGUACGUCGUAGAAAAAUGCGACCUCGGCGAGUGCAAGCACAUCCAUCCCUACAUGGUUCUGAAGGACGAGAUAUGUGUUUCCCGCCCGAAACCCAAUUUGAAAAUCACACAACACUUCGUGAAAAUUGUGAUGUCUCACUAUGUUCCCUUGUGGAUAGAGGCACUUGCCGAGAAGUGGCGUCCUGAUGGACACCAGCUGUGCGGAUUUGGAAAGCACAGCCACUGUCAGCUUUGGCAGUUCGUCUCACCGACAUCGCCACGCGGUGAACAUGAAGCGCAGACUUCCUACAGGGGUUUUCCAUCAGUACCAAUGCGCGACGACCACCGUGACUACCUCGUCCGCCGUGACUACGUAGCCUGGUGUCAAAAUGAAGCCAAAGAUCCGUGUCCCGCCAUGAGGCGACUUAUCACCUACGCAAACCUCGAUCCAAAAGGCAACGGUGGGGGUUUGGUAUGCUAUAUUCCCAAGUGGAAGUCUGAAGCGGUGAAAAAAUAUCUGAAGAAGAGACUAGGUGAUUGUGCAGGCCACAUGUUCGAUCAUGAGUGGGCACAGGACCUCCAUGCUCGGCGAAACCGCUACCGCGAGUGGGGCUGGUUGUAAAAGCCAUGCGCGACAGCCGAUGUCGUCUUCGGGUUCUGAUUCCUGCGUACCACAAUACGAAAUCUAACGCUAAAUUUGAACGCGCCAGCAGAUAAUCGCGAGAACUUCCGAUUGCGUCUUGGUCUUGGCGGAGGUUGAAUUUGUACACGUCGAUUCCCGAUGCAAGCGGCAGCCCCUUAGUGUUGUAGAUUGUCGUUGCGCAGCCGCAGGCCACUUGAACUUGAGCUGUCUGUUCGCACCAAUUCCGAGGCACGGACGAAUGCACCGCAGGGGCAGGCACCACAGAAACUUUGAUGCGAUACAUCGAUUAGGUGCGAGCGCCUUCUUCGAUCUCUGUGUAUGAUUUGUUAUUGUUUCUAAAACAUCAAAAAUACCAUACUACCACUCAUGGUAUUGGCAGCGAUAUUGCACAGAGCACACCAAAUCUCUGGACACAUGAAAAAUACCCUCUGCUCAGCGAU